GUUGCUUGCGCUUCCAGCUGAUGUUGUACAAGCCCAGCAAAAUGGCAUAGUUAGACACUACAAGUUUGACAUACAAAUGGCAGAUGUGACUCGCCUGUGCUAUACAAAGAGCAUCAUCACCGUCAACGGGCAGUACCCGGGGCCUACGAUCUUCGCCAGAGAUGGCGACCGGGUCAUCGUCGAUGUGGUGAACCAUGUUCGAGACAAUGUCACCAUUCAUUGGCAUGGAGUCCGGCAACUGCGCAGCGGCUGGGCGGACGGGCCGGCGUACGUGACCCAGUGCCCGAUCCAGAGCGGACAAAGCUACGUUUACAACUUCACCAUCGUGGGACAGAGAGGCACUCUGUUCUGGCACGCCCACAUCUCAUGGCUUAGAACGACCCUCCAUGGCGCCAUCAUCAUCCUCCCCGAGCUCGGUGUUCCCUAUCCAUUCAUCGAACCCUAUAAAGAAGUCCCUGUCAUCUUUGGGGAGUGGUGGAAGGCUGAUACAGAGGUUGUCAUUAGUCAGGCACUUGAGAAUGGUGGAGAGCCAAAUAUUUCGGAUGCCUUCACCAUCAACGGACUCCCUGGUCCUCUCUACAACUGUUCGGUUAAAGAUACAUUCAAACUCAUGGUGAGUCCAGGAAAGUCGUACCUCCUUCGCUUGAUCAACGCUGCACUCAACGAUGAGCUUUUCUUCAGCAUCGCCAACCACACCGUCACCGUUGUCGAGGUCGAUGCCGGCUACGUCAAGCCCUUCGAAGCCGACACCAUCCUCAUAUCGCCGGGCCAGACGAUGAACGUUCUGCUCGACGCCAAACCUAAUUACCCCAAUGCCAUUUUCUCCAUGAGUGCCAGGCCCUACUCUACUGGAUCCGGCGCCUUCGACAACACCACCGUCGCCGCCAUCCUCAAGUACCGCAACCCCAGCAAUUCGUCCUCUGCUGGUUUUAGCAAGGAGCUCGCCCUCUAUAUACCAGUCCUUCCGGCGUUUAACGACACAUCCUUCGCUGCAAACUUCACCGGCAAGUUACGUAGUCUGGCGACGGCUCAAUAUCCGGCCAACGUACCGCAGACCGUCGACCGACGCUUCUUCUUCACCGUCGGGCUCGGUACGGACCCGUGCCCGACAAACCAGACGUGCCAGGGACCAAACGGCACCAAGUUCUCUUCCACCGUCAACAACAUCUCCUUCACAGAACCAACGACGGCUCUCCUCCAGGCGCACUUCUUCGGGCAGUCGGAGGGCGUGUACACGCCGGACUUCCCCGCCUUCCCACUCAUGCCGUUCGACUACACCGGAACUCCGCCGAACAACACGAACGUGAGCCAUGGGACCAAGCUGUUGGUGCUUCCCUUCAACACCAGCGUCGAGUUGGUGAUGCAGGACACCAGCAUUCUGGGGACGGAGAGCCACCCGCUGCACCUUCAUGGCUACAACUUCUUCGUGGUAGGGGAAGGGUUCGGCAACUUCGAUCCGGCGAGCGACCCGGCCGAGUUCAACCUGGUGGAUCCGGUGGAGAGGAACACCGUCGGGGUGCCGGACGGCGGCUGGGUGGCCAUUAGAUUCUUGGCGGACAACCCAGGCGUGUGGUUCAUGCACUGUCACAUCGAGAUCCACUUGAGUUGGGGUUUGACGAUGGCGUGGCUGGUCUUGGACGGAGCACUUCCCAACCAGAAGUUGCCACCUCCGCCUUCGGAUCUCCCGAAAUGCUAGACUUUGAUGAUGCGGGUUCUAAUUAUCCGAUUGUUGCUUGGGUUCUUUUUGUUGUCUUAUUAAUUUGCUUCA